AAGGUACUACAUUUGCUAGUGUGUGAAUUACUCACACCUGCGUAACCUGGUAUUGAGAGCUUCGUCUGCAUGGUUGUGCGCAGUUCGAAAAUUCCCGGUGUGUCGUGAGAACGUGAGGAACUUCCGCUUCUUAAUUUUUCGGUUUCAUCUCGUGAUUCUGAUCGUUUGUUGGCGAUUAUUUUUGCUUGAGAAAGCUUCAGGAAAUCAGUUGUGUCCCUUAACUCGGCAUUGAACCCUUCAGAAAUCAACGAUCAGAUUUCGUUUGUUUGAAUUCUUGCGGAAAAUCCGCAGCUCUUUGGAAGUCAUUGAGAUACUGUAACAGGAAUCGACACCGAAUAUGGGCGACAGAAUGAUGAUGGAAUUAAGUGCUUUGGAUUUGAAGAGUUACACUGCGCAAGAAUUAUCUGAUGCCAUGGCACGAGCUUUGUGUCACGUGCAACAUUUGUCAGGUUUUGAACUCAUCAAGCCCUUCGAAGGCGGCACCACCAAGUUUAUCCACUUCCUUUUCAGCUUCGAAGAAUUAAUCGUGAAGGGUUUGAAAUGUGGGGCCUUGAAAUUCAUGGUGUUGAAGAAAUAUCUGAGGGGAGAAGCAUUGUACCUCGUCAAAAACAUAGGUGUACAUAAAGACGCAUACAAGGAUGCGUUAGAAAUAUUGAAGAUAGAGUACGCAUCACCGAGCAGAAUAAUCCGAGACGUGAUGAAAAAGCUCGAAGAUUUUCCCGCAAUCAAGGUGUUCGAUGAAAAAAAGUUGGAUGACCUGAAAUUCCUAGUACUUGGAAUCGCAAUGACCCUGAAUCAUUAUGAUAUGACUGCAGAUUUGAACUCAUUCUUGCUAAUGGCGCUGAUCAAAGACAAAUUACCUGCUGAGCUACACGUCGCAUGGGAUCCAUUGAUCCGGAAGAUGCUGAUACCCAAAAAGGAGAGAUACAUAUUCUUGAGCCUGAUAUACCAAGACAUAAAAAAAAAGCUCGCGAGGACUCCUGAAAUCAGGAUGUACGACCGCGUUGAGUUGAGGAACUUUUCGAAUGUGAUAGACUCAAUUGCAAGGAUUCUGAAUGAGAAUAACAUGGGUUCAGAUUAUUUUCUACUCGAGUUCUUAUGCGUAUUGAAGUACCUGCCGGUUGAUUUACGGUUGAAGUGGGUUCAGUCGAUCCGUGAAAAGGAAACGCCCGUGAAACAAACCCAACUCGAGUCUUUCGCCGCGUUUUUGCAUCAGAUUAUCCAAGAUUGGCAGGCGGUCGAUGUGGUAAUCGACGAAAAUAGAAAAUUCGAUGGAUGUUCCGCGGAUGAAACUGAAUCAGAGCCCGAGGUUAUUGCCGCUGAGGAAAAACGAUGCCUAAACUGUAAACGGAACAAUCAUGUGUUGGAAGAUUGCUUCUACUUUUUAGAGAAGUCUGCGAAAAGGCGUACCCAAAAAGCAAUCAACUUGAACCUCUGCUUCAAGUGCCUCAAACAAGGACAUACCAGCCGACGUUGCAAAGCAAAACUGGAAUCGUGUGAGAGUUGCCAUGAAAAGCAUCACGCCUUACUUCAUUGUUCUCGAGUACGACCGUAUCUUCUGGCUGACAGCUGA